CAAAACAGCAGAUUAUUAUUUAUUUGAUUUUAGUACAUUUAUGUUGGUAAUAAAUGCCGUAACAGCGGAAUUACCGUUACUAGCCAAAGUGUAGGAAAAAGGAAGUGGUGGGGGGGAGAAAAGAAAAGAAACGGAGGGAACGUAACGAACGCAGGGGCACAAACGAGGCGGCCCGUCCGUUUGCCAUUUUGUUUGUCCUUUUUCUCGUCGUAAACGAAAAAACCCGCCGGCAGUUACAGCACAACACAAAGGAGAAAGUUCAGUUCAGUACAAAACAUGUCGUCCACCAAAAGGAAGAGGGCCCCCGUUUCCAAGAAAACCGUGUCCAAGAAAUCGAAAAAAAGGGAAGAAACCGACGAUUCUGACCUCAGCGAUACCGGAGACGCAGAUGCCCCUCAGCCUGAUGAAGUCCUGAUUGCUGGACAUGGAGACAUUAUGGAUGAUAUGACGCCACUACCUCAAGAGCUUUUAAACACUCUCGUAAAACCUGUCGGCCAACUAUUAAUUUGCGGAGGGGUAAACUGGGAUGCAGCAGGAAAAAGAGAAUUUAAGGGCAUCAAAAUGGUGCCGAACCUUUGGGUGCCGCAUAAGUUCGCUGACUGGAGGGUUCGCUUGGCCGUUAGUGGAUGUACAGCAGCCCACAGUGUAUUGGUAGACGGGGAUGGGAAAACUUACACAUUCGGUAGGAAUGUUAAUGGGCAAUUGGGUUUAGAUAAUACUACCAGCACUUCUAAGCCAACAUUGGUGCCUGCAUUGGAGAAAAUGAAUGUUAUUAGUGCGGCUUGUGGCAGGCAUCACACCCUAUUUCUGACCGAUACUGGCACAGUUUACGCAUGUGGCGACAAUAAAUCCGGCCAAUGCGGGGUAGGUAACUUACAGCCUAAAAUCUUGACUCCCACUAGGAUUAACUACAGGGGUCCGCCCAUCAUUAAGAUCGGAUGCGGCGCGGAAUUUUCUGUAAUUCUCGAUGUUAGAGGGGGUCUGCACACCUUCGGGCUCCCUGAGUACGGUCAGCUGGGUCACAACACCGACGGAAAAUAUUUCAAGACUUCCACAAAGUUGUGUUUCAAUUUCCAAACCAGUCCCAAACGAGUGGUACUUUACAUUGACAAAACUAAAGACGGACACGUCAGUCCGGUCGAUGUGCAGGAAAUCGUGGACUUUAGUUGCGGACCGAACCAUACUUUUGCUAUUGAUAGCCGCAAGAGGGCGUUUUCCUGGGGUUUCGGCGGGUUUGGACGUCUUGGACAUGCCGAACAGAAGGAUGAAAUGGUGCCACGUCUAAUAAAAUGCUUCGAUAACCAAUCGAGGGGCGUACGCUCGGUGCACUGCGGCUCUACCUACACUUUAGCCGUCACCGAAUAUAACGGACUCUUCCUUUGCGGCCAGACAAAACGCAGUGGCGAAGCAAACAUGUACCCGAAACCAGUACAGGACUUGGCCGGCUGGAACAUUAAUCACAUAGGCACCUCGUAUACGUCAAUAAUGGUUGCUGCCGAUGACACUUGCAUUGCAUGGGGCGCGUCUCCGACUUACGGAGAACUCGGCAUUGGUGAUAUUCAGAAGAGUAGUACCACACCAAAGGAGGUCACUAAGCUACAAGGAGUAAAAGUGUUAAGCCUCUCGAUGGGUUUCUGGCAUACCAUGAUCGUAGCUGCCGACGACACCCCUGAACGCAAAGCCAAACUGGACGAAAUGAAAACAUACGAGCCUUAAAACACACUUUGGCCCCUUUUACUUACUAUUCCUACUAUAUUAAUCGAGUACUGCUGCAUCCCGUUUGCUCAGCGUCCGUCCGUUAUCUCCGCCUACCAUCUCUCGCUCUAUGUGAUUGUUGUCAGUACUAAAAAAAAAAAAGUUUGUCUGCAUACCGAUGCUGGGCGGAAAUAACUUUUACCUGGCCGUUGGGCAAAUCCGAACUGUCUUAUCGAUGGUAUGAACGCGUAGGAUUAAGUUUUAGGUUUAGGAUCGAAGCAAAUUCUUUUACAAGGUUUUCAGUAUUCUAUUUUCUUUUAUUAAUGUUUUUUAUUAUUAUAAUUAUUUUUGAGCGCAACUUUUCAAAUAAAAAUAAACUUAUAUACACCGAC